AUGCUCAACGAAUGGUGUUUGAUCGAAAGUGACCCGGCGGUCUUCACAGAGCUUAUUGAACGCAUUGGUGUCCAAAACAUCAUCGUUGAGGAGCUAAUUACGACGGAUGAAUCGGAAUUGAUGAAGUUCGACAACGUUUAUGGUUUAAUUCUUCUUUUUAAGUGGCAUUCAUCACGUGAGGUCUCAACGCAUGGCACCCUUGUGAAAGACGCACCGGUUUACUUUGCGAAGCAAGUCAUCUCGAACGCCUGCGCGAGCAUGGCGUUGCUGAAUAUACUCUGUAAUCAUCAGGAAGACAUUCAACUCGGCGAGGAGCUUCGCCAUUUUCUGGUCUUCACGCAGGAUUUGGACCCGACAUUGCGGGGAACUCAAAUCGGGUCCUGGGAGCGUCUGCGCGAGGCCCACAACUCCUUCGCGCAGCCGAUGCUUCUCGAGAAAGAGGGGGCCUCCUCCUCACGGGAUGGCGAGGAAAGCUAUCAUUUUGAGUCGUUUAUUUAUCGGAAUGGCGGGAUUUGGGAGCUUGACGGAAUGCAGGAUGGGCCAGUGCUUUGCGAGGAGGCUAAUGAAGCAAAUUAUAAAGCGACUCUAAUGGAGGUCGUGCGGCGGGUGAUGGCGGACAUCUCGGCAAAAGAUACCGCGAGCACUGGGCGAGGAAUUUCGUUCGUUUUGAUGGCAGUUGUCGAUGAUCCUAUUCCUUCCCUGGAAAGUGCGAUCGAAAACGCGUUAAAAGAGGGAAAAGAAACGGCGGGGCUGCAGAUGGAACUCGACCAACGGAAAGCAGAACGUGAGCAGAAUCGAAAGGAGAAUCGUCGCCGACGAUUUAAUUACGUACCAAUGAUCGUGGAGCUCCUCAUGACGCUCGCCGAAAAGGGAAAACUAGAGCCUGCGAUUAAUAAUCAGAAAACGGAAAAGGUUAAUAGAGCACCUAAAAAUGCGAAAAUUGAAAAAUAA